UUGGCGCGCCCGAGAUCUUCCCAUGAAUCAUAUCGGCGACAACGCCUCCGACCCGUCGGAUUCCGAUUCGCCGCCAUCUCGAACAGUUUGCUCGAUGUACCAGAACGGAGAGAGGGUCGGCAAAGGCCGAAGCAAGAGGAAAGAAUAUGCUCAAGUCGGUUUUCUGCAAGUUGCGGGAUUCAGUGGCGAAGAAGUCGAUCGAGAUCGGUAAGUCUUGCCGUCGGUUUGCGGCAAGCAAUGACGGAAUCCCGAGAGAAAGAACAGAUUGUGUGGUUAUCGGCGCCGGAGUUGUGGGGUUGGCUGUCGCUAGAGCUCUGUCUAUGGCAGGGAGAGACGUCCUGGUGGUUGAAUCCGCCUCCACUUUCGGUACUGGCUCUAGUUCCCGCAAUAGCGAGGUGAUUCACGCGGGGAUUUACUACCCUAUUAAUUCACUGAAGGCAACUUUUUGCGUCAGAGGGAGGGAGAUGCUAUACAAAUAUUGCUCACAUCAUGGGAUUCCACAUGCCAAUAUUGGAAAACUAAUUGUAGCUACAAGAUCAUCAGAGAUCCCAAAAUUGACAGCUCUUUUGAAUUGUGGAGUUGCAAAUGGUGUUACGGGGUUAAGAAUGAUGGAGGGUUCGGAGGCCACACUGAUGGAAUCUGAACUACAUUGUGUGAAAGCUUUGUGGUCUCCUUGCUCUGGCAUAGUUGACAGCCACUCUCUGAUGCUUUCUUUUGUGGGAGAGGCUGAGCAUCAUGGUACAACAUUUUCAUAUAAUACUGCUGUUGUUGGUGGCCAUGCUGGAAACAAAAACUUUCAUCUUUAUGUGGUUGAAAGUAAGGAUAUUGAAGGUUUCAUGAACCACCACUUGCAGCCCCAACUUGUGUUGGUCCCAGAUUUUGUUGUCAACUCUGCUGGUUUAAGUGCAUUGUCCGUUGCAAAGAGGUUUGAAGGACUAUCCCAUGGCGCGAACUUGGAUUCUUCUUAUGCUCGUGGGUGCUACUUUAGACUAUCUAAAUCUAUGAAGUCACCUUUCAAACAUUUGAUUUAUCCAAUUCCAGAGGAUGGUGGCCUUGGGGUGCAUGUUACAUUGGACUUAAGUGGCCAAGUGAAAUUUGGGCCGGAUGUCGAAUGGCUUAAUGUUGAUGAGACGUCAAGUUUCUUGAACAAGUUUGACUAUUCUGUAGAUGUGUGCCGAGCAAAAAGGUUCUAUCCUGAAAUAAGAAAAUAUUACCCUAGUUUAGAGGAUGACUCAUUGGAGCCAGAUUAUGCUGGUAUCAGACCAAAGCUUUCUGGACCAAAGCAGCCAUUCGUGGAUUUUCUUGUACAGGAACAGCAGUUAAAUCCGUCGAUGUACCUUCUCAACUUACGGUGACCAACUAGGACUUUAGCUUGUGCCGAUGAGUGAUGCUUAUGGCUCAAAGCAUGACUUGCUUGCUAUAGCUACUUAGAGAUGUACACAAGGCGUGAUGGAUCCAUGUUAGAUAUUUAACAUGAUGACAUUGUAGGCAAACCUGUGUCUUUUCCUCUUUAAUUCUGAAAAGGCUUAGCAGAACAGCUUAGUUGGGCAUGGAAGACUUAUUUUGAAAGUUUUUAAGUAUUUAAGACUAAAAACAAGGUGCCUAAAGGCCAGAAUGCAGUUUUUAUCCCAAUUCUUUGUGGAGCAAAUCCUGUUGAGUCUUGUUCGCUAGAUCACAUUUAUUGUCGUUUUUCUGUGAAAGUCGGUCAAUCAUUUAUGGACAGAGUACUAAGGUAAAUGUUGUGAUAGGAUCAUUUCUUCUAUCUUAGCACAUGA